UUAAUAUUUUCACCCUUCACAAACAAAAAAAAAAAAAAAAAAUUUCACCCUUCUCUAUUCUAUAAACAAAUGAUUCAAACCCAUAAUGAUAAACUUUACAGAGAUUGAACAUUAGCUUCUUCUCCAAAACACUACGUACUUUUCUCCCAACCAUGGCCAAAACCCUCUCAAAACCCACAUCCAUUUUAUUCAUGCUCUUCACCAUUUUCUUCUUCUCAACCUAUGUCAUCGCAGAUGAAGCACCCGUUUUCUCUAAAAAUUUACCUCCUUCAUCACUUGGACUUAAGCAACAGAAGCUAAGCCACCUCCACUUCUACUUCCAUGACAUUGUCAGUGGCCCCAAACCUACUGCUGUGCGAGUUGCACAAGCUGCCACAACAAACAAAUCCCCAACGGGGUUCGGAGCUGUGGCGGUGAUCGAUGACCCGCUGACUCUCCUCCCAGAAAAUACCUCCAAAGUUGUUGGACAAGCACAAGGAAUUUAUACCUUGGCGUCGCAGAGUGAAGCAGCGUUGCUAAUGGUGUUGAACUUUGCAUUCACAGAGGGAGAGUAUAAUGGUAGCACUCUUAGUGUGUUAGGGAGAAACACUGUAUUCUCGACCGUCAGGGAGAUGCCGAUCGUAGGUGGGAGUGGUGUUUUCCGGUUUGCUCGUGGGUAUGCUCAGGCCAAGACUUACACGUUUGAUACCAAAUCUGGGGAUGCUGUUGUGGAGUACAAUGUCUAUGUCUUACAUUAUUGAUAUGAGCCAGAACGUGUUUAUUGAGCCAUUCACAUGUUACUUGGCUAUUCAUGUUUUUGUUUUUGUUUUCUUUCUUUCUUUUUUUUUUUUUUUUGGUAGAAAGGUUUUCUUUCUUUUUUGAAAGUGAAAAAUAAAAUACCGCUGGCUGAAUGUGUUAUAAGAUAAUUGGGAACGUCUGAUUUUGUGAGAGAUGCUUUAACAA